AUGGGCAUCUACGAGGAUACCGACACGGAGGCGAUCAGAUUUCUCGAACAGCCAUGGACAUCGGAAACACUGGUUGAACUUCGCACGGGGAAGAUAAAGACUGCGUUUGGGCCGAAGAUCCGCACUGCUAUCUACAAAAGCACUCACAAUGCGCCCAUCAACGUCACGAAACUAAUAAUCGGAGCCGAUGAGCAUGCAUUUGAAUAUGGUGGCGGACCGGAUAGAGUGUUGCUGCAAUACUGCUUGCAGCACUAUGAUCGAUGGCGGAAAGAACUUCCAGCAAGCGAGGAUCUCUUCGGGCCAGGUGGAUUCGGGGAGAACCUGGUUGCACGGUAUGCCAACGAGAGAAACAUUUGUAUAGGCGAUGUAAUUCAAAUUGGCAAUGUGCUCGCUCAGGUCACUAUUCCACGACAGCCGUGUUAUAAGUUGAAUCAUCGAUUUCAAGCCAAGGAUAUGUCUCGGAGAGCACAGGAGUUAUCCCGAACGGGUUGGUUCUAUCGGAUUCUCAAAGAGGGCACCAUUCAGACUGGUGACAAGAUGACUCUCCUCGAAAGACCGAAUCCUCAAUGGACGGUCGCUCGCGUUCAGCAUUACCUUUACCAUGAUAUGCGGAACGAGGAUGCCAUGAAAGAGCUGAUCCAAAUCAAGGAACUCGGAGCGGAAAUCCAUGAUAUCUUCGCAAAUAGAUUGAAGAAGCAGUAUGAGAAUCAGCAGAGACGCCUUGGAGGAGGUGACUCACUGACUCUAGAUGCUUGGUCGGACUAUAGGUUGACCCAAAAGACACCAGAAACUUCCAAGAUUGUGUCGCUCACCUUUACGGCACAAGACCCGGUCGUUGAUCCAGAAGUCGUUCAGCCAGGAUCCCAUGUUCGUCUCCGACUGGGAGGGAAAUUGGUACGGGCAUAUUCCGUUAUUUCCGGUGACACAAAUGAGUUUGAACUGGCGGUCGCCCACAGUUCGAGUAGUCGUGGAGGCUCUCGUUUCAUCCACACCCGCCUGCAAACUGGCGAUGUACUUUCUGUGGGUAAAAUAACGUCCAGUUUUCCACUUGCACAGAACGCCGAAAGACAUGUUUUCGUCUCGGGUGGGAUUGGGUUGACCGCGUUCAUCGCCUCUGCUCGGCACUGCCAGAAGCGUGGUAGUCCAUACCAUAUUCAUCAUUUGGUGAGAACAUCGCAGGAUAUUGCUCUUCGACAUUACCUUGACGAGCUUGAUGGUCAUGUCACGGUCUACGACAAGUCACAAGGGAAGGUAUUUGAUGUCGAAAAGACUCUGAAAGGAAUUGCGUCUGGGGCUCACGUUUACUGUUGCGGCUCGGAGCGGUUGAUGGAUGCCGUUGCAGAAUCAGCCAACUACGUUGGGAUCAGCCAGGACCGAUUGCACUUUGAGAAAUUUGAGAUUUCGACCUCUGGAGAUCCAUUCACCGUUCAGUUGUCUGAGACCAACAGAACCGUCGAGGUUAGUGGCGAGCAAUCACUGUUGGAUGCACUCCGCGACGCCGGGCUUGAUAUUGCAUCGUCAUGCGAGGCUGGGAACUGCGGAACGUGCAGAUUAGUUGUCAAAGACGGAAGGAUAGAACACAGAGGAACAGGAUUGACAAAUGAAGAAAAGAGCUCCAGCAUGCUGAGUUGUGUCUCGCGAGGGGUAGGAAAGAUUCUGAUCGAGCUUUGA